GAGUGGCAGGAGCAGCUGCGGCCCCGCCCGGCCCGGCCCCCUGGGUCGGUCCCUCCCCUCUUGGUUAUUUGACUGGGGCCUGUCUGACCGGUUUGGGCCGUCCCGCCUGCCACUCUGCUUGGAGGAGCUGCUGCGGGUGGCGGCUGUGUCCGGGAGGGCACGGGACCGUCAGGGCGCCGUCGGGGCUGCACCGCAGGAAUGGGGAAGGAUUCGCAGCAUUACUACGGGAAGCACGGGACGCCUCAGAAAUACGACCCCACCUUCAAAGGACCCAUUUACAACAGGGGCUGCACAGAUGUCAUUUGCUGUGUGUUGCUCUUCUUGGCCAUUGUGGGCUACGUGGCUGUGGGCAUCAUAGCCUGGACCCAUGGAGACCCUCGGAAGGUGAUCUACCCUACUGAUAGCCGGGGCGAGUUCUGUGGACAGAAGGGAACAAACAAUGCGGACAAACCCUUCCUGUUUUACUUCAACAUCGUGAAGUGUGCCAGCCCCCUGGUCCUGCUGGAAUUUCAGUGUCCCACCCCUCAGAUCUGCGUCAAGCAAUGCCCGGACCGCUUUCUCACCUUCCUGGAUGCACGCAACUCUCAUAACUUUGAUUAUUAUAAGCAGUUCUGCGUGCCCGGCUUCCAGAACAAUAAAGGGUUGGCUGAGGUGCUCCGAGAUGGGGAGUGUCCAGCGGUUAUCACCCCCAGCAAACCCUUGGCCCGGCGGUGCUUCCCAGCCAUCCACGCCAACAAAGGGGUCCUCAUGGUGGGCAAUAAGACGACCUACGAGGAUGGACAUGGCACCAUGAAGAACAUCACAGAACUGGUGGAGGGUGCCAAGAAAGCCAACAUGGUUCUAGAGGCCCGGCAUCUCGCCAUGAAGAUAUUUGAAGAUUACACUGUAUCCUGGUACUGGAUUGUGAUAGGUUUGGUCAUUGCCAUGGUGCUGAGUCUCCUGUUCAUCAUCCUGUUGCGAUUCCUGGCAGGCGUUAUGGUCUGGGUGAUGAUUGUCAUGGUGAUCCUGGUACUUGGCUAUGGUAUAUUUCACUGCUAUAUGGAGUACUCGAGACUGAGUGGAGAGGCAGGCUCCGACGUCUCCUUGGUAGAUCUUGGCUUCCAGACAGACCUCCGAGUGUACCUGCACUUGCGGCAGACCUGGAUGGCCUUCAUGAUCAUUUUAAGCAUCCUAGAAGUGGUUAUCAUCUUGUUACUCAUCUUUCUUCGAAAGAGGAUAUUGAUCGCCAUAGCCCUCAUCAAAGAAGCCAGCAGAGCUGUGGGACAUGUCAUGUGCUCCAUGCUCUACCCACUGGUGACUUUCUUCCUCUUGUGUCUCUGCAUUGCCUACUGGGCCAGCACUGCUGUCUUCCUGUCUACCUCUAAUGAGGCUGUGUACAAGAUUUUUGAUGACGCAUCCUGCCAACUUGUGGGGAAUACCUGCAAGCCAGAGACCUUCCCCUCAGCCAAUGAAAGCCGCCAAUGUCCCGGUGGCCGCUGCCAGUUUGCCUUCUACGGUGGCGAGUCUACCUAUCACCGUGCCCUGCUGGGCCUGCAGAUCUUCAACGCCUUCAUGUUCUUCUGGCUGGCCAACUUCGUGCUGGCUCUGGGCCAGGUGACCUUGGCUGGAGCCUUUGCCUCCUAUUACUGGGCUAUGCGCAAGCCGGAUGACAUGCCCGCCUUCCCCCUCUUCUCCGCUUUUGGCCGAGCCCUCAGAUACCACACGGGCUCCUUGGCCUUUGGCUCGCUUAUCCUGGCCAUCGUGCAGAUCAUCCGAGUGAUACUGGAGUACCUGGACCAGCGUCUGAAAGUUGCACAGAACAAGUUUGCCAAGUUCCUCAUGGUCUGUCUCAAGUGCUGCUUCUGGUGCCUAGAGAAGUUUAUCAAGUUCCUGAAUAGGAAUGCCUAUAUCAUGAUUGCCAUCUACGGCACCAACUUCUGCACCUCAGCCAGGAACGCCUUCUUUCUGCUUAUGAGAAACAUCAUCAGGGUGGCUGUCCUGGACAAAGUUACCGACUUCCUCUUCCUGUUGGGCAAACUUCUGAUUGUGGGUAGUGUGGGCAUCCUGGCCUUCUUCUUCUUCACCCAUCGGAUCAGAAUCGUGCAAGAUACAGCCCCGCCUCUCAAUUAUUACUGGGUCCCGAUACUGACGGUGAUCAUUGGCUCUUAUAUGAUCGCACAUGGCUUCUUCAGCGUCUACGGCAUGUGUGUGGACACAUUGUUCCUCUGUUUCUUGGAGGACCUGGAGAGAAACGACGGUUCCGCUGAGAGGCCCUACUUCAUGUCUUCCACUCUCAAGAAACUCUUGAAUAAAACCAACAGGAAGGUAGCAGAAUCCUAAAGACAUCUGCCUCUUGGCUCUCUCAGGAAGCUGUGAUCCGGUGCUUGCUAAGCGGCUGGGUCAGAGUCCCAGCUCAUCGGACUUGCCUGAAGUCACAUCACUGCCUCUCUGCUACCCUCCCUGAGUUCUCAUUUCCAAGGACCUAGAGGAUUUGGGACAUCUCUUUCCUAUGCCCAAGGGCACUUGGGAGUUUUCAGUGGAGCCCUGGGAGGUGGGACAGAAGGAUCCCUCCAGCCCUCGCUGGCUCAGAUGGUAUAACAUAGUAAAGUAACUUGAAGUCGAGGGUGGGAGAUGGCCCCAGGAUGUCUGCAGCAAGCUUCUUUGUACUUCCGGUGCCCCUUCCAGCCGAGAGGGAAAGACUGGAUGAAAGAGCCCCUGCAAGUGGGCUCAGUGAACCCCAGCUCUAAGCCCUGCCUGCCCCCGCUGGGACAGAGCUGGAUCUCCGUGGCGGCUGAUUCAGCCCAAGGGCCAACAAAUGCAUUUCUCAUUCUUACUACUUUUUAAUCUAGACGUGCAGUAAGGGGUCUAUCUGCUUUUAGUCCAUCAGGCUCCACAGCUGGAUGGAGCCACCGAGUGCCUUCAUUUGUAACCCCACCUCCAGCCUGGGGGCGGCUGGGGUCACAGGAAGGAGGAGUGCACACCCAGAACUGAAGGAAUCUUCCUGAUGAAGAGACAGUAUGGGGGAGGAGGACCUGCUGCAGGGAGCCAGAGUGACGGUUGGAGGUGGUUGUGGGGAACAGGCCUCUGUGGUUAGGGCCUCCAUUAAGUGGCUAAUGGCUUCUUAAUGGAGACCUGAGGCUCCCGGUCCAAGCUGGAGAAUGAAUGAAGAAGGGCCUGUGCUCCCGGGCAGUAAUCCACACUGCUGUCUUUGUAAGAGGAACGAAGCUCAAGGUCACCCAGGGAUGGGGUGGGUGUGUUGUGUGUUCCGAGCUGACUGGGCCCACUUUGUGCUUCCACCUGACACUAGAAUCUUUUUGCCAAACUUCUUGAACUUGGGAGCCAGGUGACUGACCCUCCACUUUACUUCUCAAGCUCAGACCUUCCCCUCACCCCUACUUUGCCUGUGAGUGAGAUGCCAGACUCUUGGAAACAGAGCCCAGCCUGGGGUCCCUCAGUUUCCUGUGCCUGCCUUGUGUGUGCCAUCCCACUCAACCUUCUCCUGUGUGCCCAGCCCUGUGCUUACAUAACUGCAUUCCAGCCAUUUAAUAAAGUGCCUCUUGUACACAUCCA